AACAUGGCAUCGUGGUUUGGUGUCGGUCGCUUCCCUUGCCCUGCUCUGCCCUGAUGAGUUGGUUUUUGCGUGACCACAAAGAGGCUUCGAUGCUUGGUUUCGAUUAAAAGUGGGGUUUUGAUGGCUGUUACGUUGGGGAUUCUUCCGUUGGUGUGAAGCCGCGUCGAAGGUUUCCGAAAGGAGCUUUCUGCUUUCUUUUCGAAUCUUUGUUUGUGGCGCUCUUCGCGUUAUCCUUUUGAAAGAUGUAUAAUUGUUAAGACUGGGAAAGGGAGGCAAAGAGUUGGGUACUCAAAGAGAUGGAGAAAGGCGACAGGUUGCUACAUAAUUCAGUUACUACAGUUGCACUUGCUAUCAAUGGGACAAGCAACAGCAGGCAUAUAGUUCAGUGGGCUUUGAAUAAAUUCAUUUCUGGGGGUGGAGUUAUGUUUAAACUUCUACAUGUUCGGUCAAGGAUUAAGAUGGUUCCGUCACCAAUUGGGAAUCUCCCUGUUGAGCAAGUGCAAGAUGAUGUUGCCUCUGCAUAUAAGAAAGAAGAAGAAUGGAAAACAGAAGUGAUGCUUCGCCCCUACAAGAAUAUGUGUUCUGCAAAGCAGAUUGAAACAGAAGUUGUGAUACUUGAAGCAGAUGAUGUAGCUGAGGCAAUAUCAAAAGAGGUCACAGAAAAUAGCAUCAGCAUGCUUGUUAUAGGUGGUUCUUCCAAAAAUGCAAUAAUCAGGAAACUUUGGGGAGGCAACUUGUCAUCCAGAAUUGCUGAAUGUACUCCAAGCUUUUGUACAGUCUAUGUUGUUUCAAGAGGUAAACUGUCAUCUGUUCGUGCAUCGGCAUUUGGGACAGAUGAAAUUGCACCCACAUCAGUGACAAAGGAUAGUAUCAAAGAAGAAAAUGAUUCUAGUGCAGUUUUUUAUAGUUCUUCAAACAAUUCUCCAAUUCUUAAAUCGGAAAUGAUAGACUUGGACACAGAAGUAAACUUCCCUUCUCAACUUCCUUGUCUGCCACAGCUUCAGCAGAAAUUAGCCUAUGCCAGUAAAGACUAUGAGAGCUCAAAUUCAGCUAACUCUCUUCUAACUAGAAAUACAUCUCUGUUUGAAGAUUAUAGAGUUUCCAGUUCUAAUACAUCGGAGACUCAAUACAGUAACAGUAUAGCUAGUUUGAGAAGUUAUCAAACAGACAAGUCAUGGAGUUCUAAUAUGAGUUUUUAUCGUUCGACAGAGUAUUCACAAUCAGGGAAUGAGGGAGAUAUUCAUCUUGAACUUGAAAGGCUGAGAACAGAAAUCAACCAUUUUAUGAGGAUAUAUAAAUUAGCUCCAGAUGAGUCAAUUUCUGCUUCCCAGCAGUUGAAUGACAUACAUACACACCACACCGAGGAAAUACUUAAGCUUCAAGAAAUAUGGUCUAGAUUAGAGAAAACCACCAAGAUGGCUCAACAAGAAAAGGAAAGACGUGAAGCUACAGAAAAGGAAGCUGAAUAUGUUAAUGGAUGCACCGAAAUAGAAGUUUUACUGGGGAAAGAUGUGGAAAAAAGUGCUUCUCAUGAAGUCAGUGAGAAGCAAAGUCCUGAAAAGGAACUUGCAUGCAGUAGUGAGCCCUAUGUGAAGUACACUUGGGAAGAGAUAGUUGCUGCUACCUUAUCAUUCUCUGAUGCUCUCAAGAUUGGAGUUGGAGCAAGUGGAACUGUUUAUUGGGGAAGCUUUCAUCAUACAGUUGGAGCUAUAAAAGUAUUGAACUCCAAUGAAGGUUACACAACCAGGCAGUUCAAGCAAGAGCUUGAAAUUCUUAGUAGAGUUCGUCAUCCACACGUGCUACUGCUGCUUGGAGCUUGCACUGAAAAGGGCUGCUUGGUUUAUGAAUAUAUGGAAAAUGGUAGCCUGGAGGACAGGUUACAAUGCAAAAACAAUACACUCCCACUUCCAUGGUUCUGUCGCUUUCGGAUAGCAUGGGAAGUUGCCUCUGCUCUUAUCUUUUUACAUAACUCAAAACCAGAACCUAUCGUUCACCGGGAUCUUAAACCUGCCAACAUUUUGCUUGACAAUAAUUUUGUGAGCAAGAUCGGUGAUGCUGGCCUUUCCACCUUAUUUCCUACCUUAAAUAUGCCUUUGUCUACAAUGUACAAGGAUACUGAUCCUGUUGGUACAUUUUUCUACAUGGAUCCUGAGUACCAAAGAACUGGCUUAGUUUCACCGAAGUCUGAUACCUAUGCACUAGGAAUGGUGAUCUUGCAAUUGCUGACUGCAAAAUCACCAAUGGGACUUGCCCUUAUUGUUGAGACUGCAUUGGAAAGGGACUGCUUAAUGGAUAUUUUGGAUUCUAAAGCUGGACAAUGGCCUAAAGCUGAGGCAAAAGAAUUAGCUAUUCUUGGACUAAGCUGUUUAGAGCUGAGGCGCAAGGACAGGCCUGACUUGAAGGACCAGGUUCUUCCAGUGUUAGAGAGGCUCAAAGCUAUCGCUGAACAGGCUUACGACUCAGCACUACAUGACUCCUCUGUCCCUCCAAAUCAUUUUAUUUGUCCAAUACUGAAGGUUGUGAUGGAUGAUCCCUGCAUCGCUGCUGAUGGUUACACGUACAAUCGUAAUGCAAUCGAGACAUGGCUCAGCAGGAAUGACACAUCCCCAAUGACAAAUUUACUGUUGCCCACUCAAGAAAUUAUAUGUAAUAAUUCUCUUCUUUCUGCAAUCAAAGACUGGAAGGCCAGAACUCAAUGAGACACUCCUUGGAAAGCGACGUUGUGUGUUCAUCGGGUAAAGCAAAAUCACAUUAAUCUGUAGAAAUAGUCAAGUGAUAUAAUAGUUCCCCACAUACCUGUAUCAACAAGUUUACUGUUACGAUGCCUCUGCUGCAAUAGUAGGUAAAAUUCAUCAGGAGGAAGAACAACUUCUACAACACAUUCUGUGUAAAUACAAAAGCGCCCUAAAGGUUUUUGGAGCAGAGAAUUAUGAAAUUCUUUGUGGUGUUAUGAAAUGAAUAUAGAUGAUUUUAUGCUA